CGUGCCAAAGAGAAGUGGAAGUUAAAUGUAAUCCUCAACACUGGCUGAAAUCAGUUACAGUUCAUGACCAAGAGUUCACACUAGGAACUUGUAAUGCAAGACUUAGUUGUGAUUUCCCUCAUUGGUCAAGAGAGACAGGGUGAGGCAACAGAUAAGCCAGUGAGUUCAUAUGGCAGAGUUCCUCAUCAGCCUCCUCCCUCCUACCCUACAAAGAAAACUAGAUAUAUGGUUUAAGGGCAGAGUCUGGCAAAAGGCAAAGCAAACUCCAACCAUGGCUAUGGACAGCCUUGUUAGGGAAAUAGACAAAGUUCUUGAUGCAGCUAAAGGGAAAAAACCUGAGGAGCUGCUGGUCACGUAUAAGGGGGUGCUAUACCCUAGUGGACUGUGUUGUGCUGAGACCUUCCAAGCACUGGACGUCAUGGAAGUUAGAAAAGAUGAUGUGUUCCUAGUUGCUUAUCCUAAAUGUGGAACGAAUUGGAUUCAACACAUUUUAAAUGACUUGACAUCUGCAGUUUUAAAGAAUAAGGAGGAGGUUCCACCAACAGAGCAUAUUCAAAUGCUUGAAUUUGGAGUUCCAGAAAAAUUUCAGAAAAUAAAAAGUUUUCCUUCACCACGUGUUUUUACCACACAUCUCCAUUAUGAUAAUAUUCCCAAGGCUGUUUUUGGGACUAAAGCAAAGGUACUGGUGGUAUUUCGAAAUCCAAAAGAUGCAGCUGUAUCCUAUUACCACUUCUACAACAAAAAUCCUGGGCUUCCAAAUGUCAGCUCCUGGGAUGAGUUCUUUCAGAAGUUCAUGAGUGGAGAAGUCUGCUGGAGCUCAUAUUUUGACCAUGCUCUUGCCUGGAACAAACACAUGGAUGAGGAGAAUAUCAUGAUCAUCACAUAUGAAGAAAUGAAAGAGAACUUACUUGGAGGAGUGAAACAAAUAGCUGAAUUUUUGGGGUUCUCUCUGCCUGAGGAGAAGAUUCAGUCUAUUGCAGAGAAUGCCACAUUCGAAUCAAUGAGCAAUAAAUCCCAAGAAACACAUGGCAAAUUUGGUCCCAUCAUUUUCAGAAAAGGUACUGUUGGAGAUUGGAAGAAUCAGUUCACUGAGGCUCAAAGCCAAGAAAUGGAUGCCAAAUUUGAAGAAUGUUUAGCAGGAACAAAACUGGGAGCCAGGCUAAAAUAUGAUAAAUACUGCAAAUACUAAAUCUUUGAAUAUCAGAAUGACAUUAGCAUUUACUCAGAAACAUCAUCUAUUUUACUACCUUUUGUUUGAGAAUGCAGAGGUUAAAAUAAUUAGACUUUCACGCAAGGAUUUGCACAAAAAAAAACAACAAACAACCAGGAGAGAGCUCUCCUGCUGCCAAAAAUUUCACCCCCAACAAGCGGCAGCAGCUUUGUUGGUAGGAGAGCGCUCCUGCCGACAAAGCGCUGUUCACACCGGCACUUUUCGUUGGUAAAACUUUUGUCGUUCGGGGGUAUGUGUGUUUUUUUAACACCCCUGCACAACAAAAGUAUUGCCAAGGAAGUUCCAAUGUAGACACAGCUAAGAUAUACCUUGUGCUUCUGCCAUGAGGCAGCUUGAUAACAUUGCCAAACCACCAUAGUCAUCUAUUUUAACUGAGUCCACAGUCUGUUGACUCGUGCCGUACAAUACUUACAUUGGCGAGAUUGUGUAACCAAUGAGUUUCCAAAAUUCUUCUCAAACAAAGCUGGUUAAAUGCAUUCAUCUUUCUGUUUGUGUAUUCCAACAUCUGCUGCAUUUUUGACAUGUACAGUAGUGUCGGAAGGAUAAUAGCAUUGUACAAUCUCAUUUCAGUGUGUAGAUGUCUCCUCUUACUUUUCCAGGUCUUUGACAAAUGAGAAAAUUAUUCACUUGCUUUGCCAAUUCUUUCCUUCACUUCUUUAGUAAGCUAGCCAUUAGAAGAUAUUGUACUUCCAAGAUAAACAGUCAUCAACUCUUCUGUAUUUUUCCCCAUCAAUUACACAUCUGCCAUUGUUGACAGUAUUAUCUCCUAUCUACAUAAUCUUAGACUUCUGCAUACAGAUACCAAGUCCCACUUAGGCAGCUUCUGCUUUUAUGCUCAUAACAAAUCUUUUCAUUCCAUCCAUGCUGGUGUCCAGUAUGACUGUCAUCUGUUAAAUCUAGGUUCUCCAGCUUAUCUCUUGCUCAAAGAACAGCAAUAUCCUCAGCAACAACCAUCACUCUUCUCACAAAAAGGAAGUUCAGAAGAGAAGUGGGGAUAGUAUGCAACCUUGCAUUACAUCAAUAAUAAUCUUAAAUCAUUUCAUUUCUUUGCUAAUUUGAUAAAAACUUUGUAGGCCAAGUCUGCAGACAGCACCAGGACAGACAGUAAUCUAUUCUGAAAUGUCUCCGGAUCUUCCAAAGGGCUUCUCUGUGGACACUAUCAAAUCCUUUAAUGAAAUCAAUGCAAUUUACCAGCAGAAAGCAGUUUUAUUCUAAGCCUUUCUCAAUAAGUCUUCUCAAGGUGAAAAAUCUGAUUUGAACAUAACUCCUUAUUGAAAUCUAGCCUGUUCUUCCCUGAAUACUUUUUCAACAAUCAUUUCAUCCUAUUCAAAAUGAUAAUGCAAAACACUUUUUUCAGGUACAGAUAGGAGUGUCGCUCUUCUCCAGUUAUCACAAAUAAACUGGUUCCCCUUUUCAGGGAUUAUACAGAUAACGCCUCUUCGCCAAUCUUUAGAAUAGAUCUACUUUUCCCAAACCAUUCUGUACAACCUUCACAUGUAAUUCAAAUCACUUUUUUUUCAGCUUUUAACAUUUCAGCAUCUGUUUUAUUAUAGCCUGGUGCUUUACCACUCUUCAGUUGGUUUAUGGCCUCAGUUAUUUCUUCAAAGAUGAUUACUUCUAGCGAUUAUAGGUAAAUCCACUAUUUCUUCACAUCUAUCAGUGUACGUUUGUGGUUCUGGCUGGCUGAACACAAAUUAGAAAUGUUCCAUCCACCAUGCUCCUUGUCAUUCCUCUGUGGUUUAAAAUCCUACCAUCUCAUGUCUUCACAAUGCCACAAUUGUUUGAAAAUUGUGAUGUCAGUCAUUUAGAUACUAGAAAAAGUUUUCUGUACACGUCCUUAGCUUGUCAACUUGUUUGCUAUUGUCUUGUUCCUGCUGAAUUCUCUUCUUGAAUUCUUUCCUCUCUCCAACAAGUCUCCAUGUAUUUGAUUGGAGCCCCUUUGCUUUCUUAGGCCUUCUCAUUCCCACUGUAAUCCUGGCUGCAUCCACAUGCACUUCUUUGAAAAGCUGCCAUUGUUCUUCUGUCAUUGGUCAGUGUAUGUAACUCUUCGAAUCUGUUGUUCAUCUGCAGCUUGAAAUGCACCUUUACUGCUGGAUGUGCUAACUUUCUAGUAUCAUACAUACCCUCUGCCUUGCCUGGUGCUGCCUUCUUUAUUUUUAUUUGGAUCAUCACAAUAACAAGAUG